CACGCGUGGCCCGGGCAGGGCUGAGACAUGCAGCGGCCCCGGGCAGCCGGCGCCCGGCUCACAUGAUGCGCUGCGCGGCGGGGGCCGGGCCGAAUCUCGGCGCUGGGAGCCCGGCAGAACUUUCUUCCCGCGGUCGCCGCCUCCCGGCCGGCCUGGCGCAGGGAGCCGCUUCGCUCUGCAGCCCGCUGGCGGCUCUUGCUUUGCCGCCCCCUGCUCAACUUCCUCCGCUCGCUCUUCUCUCAUUUCUUCCUCAGCUGCCUCCCCCUGGGCCGGGCCCCCUUCUCCUGGGCUCUCCCUCCAGCCUUUCAUUCCCCUUCUGCUGACCUUCCUUCCUUCCUUCUUUCCCUCCCCCAGAUCCUUCACCCCCAAACACACACAUCCCCUUCCCCUUCUCUCCCCACCCACCCCCAUGCCCCGCUCCACCAUGCUGAUGGGGACCAUGCCCCCAACGGAGGUGUACCCCUCUGAGCGGGUCAUCGUGCUGCUCUCCUGUGCCCUCUCCUUCCUGGGCUCCAGCCUCCUGGUCUUCACCCAUGCCCUUUGGCCCGAGCUGCGGACCCGUCCCCGGCAGCUCCUGCUCUACCUGUCCCUGGCCGACCUCCUUUCGGCUGCAUCCUACUUCUACGGGGUGCUGCAGGACUUCGACUCGACCUCGUGGGACUGCGUGCUGCAGGGUGCCCUAUCCACCUUCUCCAACACCAGCUCCUUCUUCUGGACCACGGCCAUUGCCUUCUACCUGUACAUCACCAUUGUGAGGGGCGCGCCAACGGGCACUGGCCUGCUCUGCUUCUUCCAUGGCAUGAGCUGGGGAGUCCCACUUGCUAUCACAGUGGCUGCUGUCGUUCUGAAGAAGAUUGGCUAUGAUGCGUCAAACGUCUCUGUGGGCUGGUGCUGGGUCAACCUGGAAGCGGCAGAUCAGGUCCUGUGGAUGCUGUUGACAGGGAAAUUGUGGGAGCUGCUGGCGUAUGUGAUCCUACCAGUCCUUUACAUCCUCAUCAAGAAGCACAUCAAUAGAGCGCAUGCGGCGCUCUCUGAAUAUCGCCCCAUACUAGCCAGGGCUCCUGCCUUUCAGCCCAGGACUUCCAUAGCAGAUAAGAAAUUGAUCCUCAUCCCUCUCAUCUUCAUCUUCCUCCGCAUCUGGAGCACUAUCCGAUUCAUCCUGACCCUCUGCAGCUCCCCUGCCGUGCAAAAUCCAGUCCUGGUGGUCCUGCACGGAAUUGGGAACACGUUUCAGGGAGGUGCCAACUGCAUCAUGUUUGUCCUCUGCACCCGUGCGAUCCGGAACCGGCUGCUCUCUUCCCUUUGCUGUGGUCACUAUGGAGGCUUGCAUCAGCCUUCGCAGAGCCUAGAGAGGGGUUACCAGCGCGCCAAACCCCCCAAGAACACAGAGGCUGGACAGAUGAAUGCCGAAAUCACAAGCACAUGAGUCUUGAAUCUCCGCGUCUGAGUGUGAGAUUCCAUCAUUCUUGUAACGGAAGUACCACCAAGUGCCUGUAGAGGGAGAUAGAGGCCUAAGGAAAACAAAUUCUCACUUGAACAAUUAACGUGCAGGAAAUCUCGCUCCAUGGAAUUCAGAUGCCAGCUGCCUUAGUUCUUCUUUCAAGAUUUCCAGGAAUGUGCUACCAGGUCACACCCUGACUUCCAGUCUCAUCCUCAUGCCCCUUCUGCAGAACUUUACAAAUUGUUCCUGACUUCUGAUUUUCUGUUUUACUAAGCGGAUUUUUCACUGUGCGGCUGGGGUGGGGGAAUAUCCCCAACGUUCUGAAGACUCCAGGAGCGUUUGCGUGGAAGCACCUUGGAUGUGUGACAGAUUUAUCAUCUGUUUCAUGAGGCCUUCAAGGGGGCUCCUGCUUUUCUAUGCUUCAGAUGGUGGAUGGGGGACGAUAACUUGGCAAAGUCUUUCUUUCUUCUCCUUGGGGUGGGGAUGUGUCUUGGAUGUUUUGCUCCUUUUCCAGGGCCAUAGCAGCUCGUUGUCCCUCUGGAUUUGGGAUGUGAAUGAGCUUGGAUGGCCGCUUGACGAAAUCAUGGCUCUGUGGACAGUUUGGUACUGAGGGUAGGUAAGUGGGCGAGUGUAUCAACCUAGCCAUCCAGGCAGAACAACUCCCGAAGGAGUUAGCAUGGACAUACGGACACAUUUUACUGCACAAAUCCUAAAUCCAGGUUUUCCGUCCUCCAAGGCACAGUCUGUUUUUAUUAAUGCUCCCCUUCUCCCACUGUGGUUUUUAAAAUCACAGCUUGCGCUUUAGGAAAUGCCAUCUCUUUUAAAACACAUCCCGUUUACCGAUCCUCAACUUUCCUUUCCUCGUGCACUUCUGAAACCCUUUAUCUUUUUAACAAAGUCCUCACCGAAUUCCUGUCUCUGUGUAUGGACAGUGGUCUCCUUCCAGUGCAUUUUUUUUUUUAAUGGAGAUGUUGUUAUUCAGUGUGUGAAUACGGCACAGAUUGGUCUGCCAAUACCACUCCAGGCUGGGUCAGGGGAGGAGAGAAAUCGUAUGACAAUGUUUUUACAAGUUCCCAGCGUGUCUGUAGUUUUAACAAAUGAUUGUCUAAGGCAUGUACAGGGUGACUAAGCACAAAUCAUCCAUGCCAAUAGUAGAUGUUGCUCUUCCAGAUUUUGUUUUUACUCGGAUAUUGAGCUCUCACCAACAUGGGGUGGAGCCUGCUGAGCUGUUUGUGUUGGGGGGGGUAUUGGUUGAUGUCACUUGGAAUGUCCACUGCCUUCUUGGUAGAAAAUUAAAGGACUGUGUGAAACGA